CCAUGAACUACAUGGGGCAGCUGGCUGAGAGCGUCUUUGUCACAGUGAAGGAGCUGUACCGGGAUCUGAACCCCGCCACCCUGUCAGGCUGCAUCGAUGUGGUCGUGGUGAGGCAGCCUGACAACUCCUUCAAGUGCUCCCCAUUUCACGUGCGCUUUGGGAAGCUGGGAGUGCUGCGCUCCAAGGAGAAGGUGGUUGACAUUGAAAUCAAUGGGGAGCCUGUGGAUCUGCACAUGAAGCUGGGAGACAAUGGAGAGGCCUUCUUUGUUGAGGAGUCAGAAGAGCAUGAGGGCAGCAUCCCCUACUUCCUCCGCACAUCCCCCAUCUACAAGGCACGGAGCCCAAAGGAUGCUGUUCAGCCCUCCUGUGAGCUGGAGGCUACCAGCGCUGGACUGAUCCUGCGCAAGAGGAGGCGACGCAAGAGAAGGCCCCAGAGGAAGGAGGUGUCGGAGUUGGGUUCUGACAGCUCUGAUGAGGCCAAAAGUGACGUGUCCAUGAAGAAGCCAUGCGAGGUGCCAGCCCCAAGUGAUGCAGCAUGUUCAUCCUUUGCUGAUCUCCUUGAAGAAACCGAGUCAUUGCAGCCCCAAGAGAUAUACCCAUACUCUGAUGGGGAGCUGCUCAGAGUGGACAGCUUCAUGCUGAGCCAUCCAUCUUCUCCCAAAAGUGAUUCUGAACUGGAGGUCAGACCACAGGAGAAUUUUGCUCUAGGGGCUGAAUCCCAUGUGAAGUGGACCUGGGGAAAGCUCCCUCAGGUGAAUAAAUUGGUGCGAGUUAAACCAGCCAAGUCCACAAAGAUGCUGCUGCAAAAGAUUGCUGCAGCAACCACCAUCUCUGCAACACUAGUCCCAGUGGAUAAGGCAACCCCUCUUGUUGCCACCUCUGAAUAUCCAGGAAGGGAUUCAAGCCCAGCAGGAGCAAAGGGCAUACCCCAUUCCUUGGCUGUGUCUGUUACUGAGCCAACGCUUGCACCCCAGGCUGGGAACAGAAUCUUCAGGCUGAAGGACAUCUUCCGUGCUGUCAGGGCAAAGAGAUUUUUGGGGACCUACUCAAACCCACAAGAGAAGCAGAAGGGAGAUGUUAGUGUUGUGCCAGAGGUUCAGCAAGAUGUGGAGCCCUGUGAGGGAGCCACUGCUCCUAGGCAGUCAGGCUCAGAAGGCCCCAAGUCCCAGCUGGAGAGGCAGAGGAAGCAAGGAUCCACCAAAAGAAGUCCUUACUUGAGUCCCAGUAACAUUUGCCUGGAAGACCUCUCCAAGCUGGACAAGAAGCAGGUGGCUCUCUAUUUCCCCAGGAGUGACACAGAGCAGACUUUGAGGCCUAUGACAGAGCCCAGCAACCCUCUGUGUGUCCAGCUGCCAUCAACCUUGCCUGCCAACCACCCCACGGACUCUGACUCGAUGCCUACAGUUGCCCUGUCACUGUGUGGGGGCCUCAGGGGCAACAGGCAGAUCUCUCAUGAGAAGUUCAUGGAGCACAUGGUUUCCUACCAGCAGUUUGCUGAGAAUCCAAGGCUCAUCAGUGACCCGAACCUGGUGAUAAUGAUCAACAACAAGUAUUACAGCUGGGCAGUGGCUGGUCCCAUAGUCCUGUCCCUGCAGGCUUUCCAGAGGAACAUUCCUGAGAGCAUCAUCGACGAACUGGUGAAGGAGAAGAUGCCCAAGAAAGACAGAAGGUGGUGGUUCUCCUGGAGGAGAGAAUUCCCAACAGACGGGCAGCAGCCGAGGCCAGGGAAAGCCAACGUGGGAACAUUGCAGCCUGACCCUGCUCAGCAGAGGCAGGAGGAAAAGGAGUCAUCCAGUGACAAUGAGUCCCAGCACCCUGGGGACGUGUUGGCAGUGGAGGCCCCUACUCAGAAACCUCUGCCAUUCUACAAGACAGGGAAAGCCAAGAUGGGAAUGCUGCAGCCUGACCCUGCUCAGCAGAGGCAGGAGGAAAAGGAGUCAUCCAGUGACAGUCAUCUCCUGCACCCUGAGGAUGUGUUGGCAGUGGAGACCCCUGCUCAGAAACGUCUGCCAACCUACAAGAAAUCCCUGCGGCUCUCCUCCGAACAAAUUGGAAGGUUGAAUCUGCAGGAUGGCCCCAACGAGGUGGCAUUCAGCGUGACAACUCAGUACCAGGGCACAUGCCGCUGUGAGGCCACCAUCUACCUGUGGAACUGGAAUGAAAAAGUGGUGAUCUCAGACAUCGAUGGCACCAUCACCAAAUCAGAUGCUCUUGGACAGAUCUUGCCGCAACUGGGUAAAGACUGGACUCAUCGUGGGAUUGUUAAACUCUUCCACAAAAUCCACCUGAACGGCUACAAGUUCCUCUACUGCUCAGCCAGGGCUAUUGGCAUGGCCCACAUCACCAAAGGCUACCUCAAAUGGGUCAGUGAGCAAGGCUGUGGCCUCCCGAUGGGCCCCAUGCUGCUUUCCCCCAGUAGCCUCUUGUCUGCCUUCCACAGGGAGGUGAUUGAGAAGAAGCCAGAGGUGUUCAAGGUCACCUGUUUGACAGACAUCCGAAAACUGUUUGCCACAAAGUGUCCCUUCUAUGCGGGUUUUGGGAACAGACCCAAUGAUGUCUACGCUUACAAGCAAAUAGGGCUGCCAGAGAGCCGCAUAUUCACAGUAAACCCCAAGGGAGAGCUGAUCCAGGAGCUCGCAAAGAACCAAAAGUCAACCUUCGAGCGGCUGUCAGAGCUGGUGGAGGUCUUCUUCCCUCCUGUGGGGCAGAGGAGGAGCGCUAGUCUGGUGUCCCCAGACUGCAGCCACUGUGCCUGCUGGAGACCUCCAGUGCCUGAUGUUGACUUAGAUGGCUUAGAUGGCUUGCCCUAACCCUAUCCCUGUGGAGACCUGACCCAGGGCUCUCCUGCCUGUUCUUUGCCAGGACUAAAUGCUCCAGAUGCACCUUGUCCUCCCUGUUUGCUGCUAGGGCAUCUUGCACUUGUAAUAGAGGUCAUGACACCCCUUAGCAGGCAGCCAAAGGGGGUAAGAGGGAGCUCUGACUCUACAAAAGCUCCAGUUGCUAAACACAAAUUCCUGAAAGCUGGGUCUCUUCUAGUGUUUAUAGCUCCUCUAAAGCCUGGCUCUUUUAAAGGUGGUGGUUGUUCACUGUUGUAUUUAUUGCUGAGCCUCUGGCAUAGCUGUUACUACCUCUGGUAUGACCAGUGUUCCAGACAGUCCAGCUCCCUGCAUUUUGGUAGCUGAAGCUGCCCACCAAUUUGUAAAGGGCAAUGGAAGAUGUUGGAGUUUUGAA